AUUCUGGGCCUGGCACCAGAGGCAUCUGCCGAGCCCGAUUUUGAACCGUUGGCGUACGAGUAUAGGCCGAAAUUGAACGCCAGCCAAAAUUCGGCCAUCGAAGCAGUUUUGAGUUCUUCUCUCGAGUGCUUAUGGGGACCGCCAGGGACGGGCAAGACAGAAACCAUCGUCGAGAUGAUACUACAACUACAGGACGCCUUCGAGACCGCAAGAAUCUUGGUGACGGCUCCUACUCACAACGCAGUGGACAAUGUCAUGCGAAGGUACAUCACGCGCUCGGAGGCAAUGGGUCUAUCACGGGCAUCUCUUCGCGUGUCGACGGAGGUACGAAAAGUAGCCGAAGAUCUCAGGAAGUAUACAUGCGACGCGAUGGCGGGCCAGGAUAUCCAUACGAGCCGCGAGGCGUCGAAAGAGGCGAAGCGGAGGAUCAAGAAUUGCCGGCUCAUCUUCACGACCUGUAUCGGGUCGGGGCUCGGCCUCCUGCGCUCGGAGUACUUCGAUACCGUCAUCAUCGACGAGGCGUCGCAGCAGACCGAGCCCGCGUCGCUGGUGCCGCUCGUCAAGGGCUGCGAGAAGGCCGUACUGGUAGGGGACCACGUCCAGCUGCGUCCGACGGUCCAGCAGAACGCGGCGCUCGUCGAGUUCGACGUCUCUCUCUUCGAACGGCUAUAUCGGCAGCACUCGGACGGUUCUCAGAAGGGCCGACCUGGCGGGGACGCGUCCGUGUCGAGGCUCAUGCUGGACACGCAGUACCGGAUGCACGAGUCGAUCUGCGAAUUCAUCUCCAAGGAAUUCUACGACGACCGGCUGCAGACCGGGAUCGGCCCGGGCUCCCGGCCGCUGUUCCACUCGGAGUUCCCGUGGCCGCCCCCCAGCGCAAAGUCUGCCCCGGAGGCGGAGAGAGCGAGGAUGGUGUUUGUGGAGUGCGCAGCUCGGGAGGAGCUCGGGCAGAAGUCGAAGGCGAACCAGGGCCAGGCGGAGCUCUGCGCGCACAUCUGCAAACUGCUAUGCACGGCGGCAGCGGCGGCGGGGGCAGCUACGGAGAAGCCGGGCGGGAGGCCGCCGUGGGCGACGGGGGAGAAGCAGACGAUCGCGGUGCUCACGCCGUACACGCGGCAGGCGGAGCUGCUGCGGCGGCUGGUGUCGGGGCUGGCGGCGCAGGUGGAGGUGUCGAGCAUCGACGGCUUCCAGGGGCGGGAGGCGGACGUGGUGGUGUUCGUGUCGGUGCGGUGCAACGAGCGGCGCGAGAUCGGCUUCCUCAAGGACCUGCGCCGCAUGAACGUGGCGCUGACGCGGGCCCGCGCCGGCCUCGUCGUCGUCGGCAACCGCGCCACCCUGACCCAGGGCACGGCCGACCCCGAGAGCACGGCCAUGUGGGCGCGCCUCGUCGACAGGCUCGCGCUGGUGCGCGUCGAGGUGCCGGCCGAGGGCGGCGCGCGGUAGGGCUUGCCCGCCCGACGGGAGAUAUAAUAGCUAUAUGGCGACGCGUCCUGCGGGAUAAGGAUGCUGUGGUUGGGGUGUGGUGGUGAUAGGUAGGGUAGGCAUCUAUAGUGUGCGUUGUAGUUGGAAAAAAUGCGGACAGGCCAUUACCCAAACCCUCCCUUCUAUUCAUC